GGACCCUCCACGUUGAUGCCAGGGACCCCCGCCUGCCCCGAUGGACAGGAGUUUUAUGACCAUACAAAAGCGCUAUGGCAAGAUGAAGGGGUGAAAGCCUGCUAUGAAAGAUCGAAUGAGUAUCAACUAAUCGACUGUGCACAGUAUUUUCUAGACAAAAUCGACAUUGUGCAACAGAAUGACUAUACACCGACUGAUCAGGAUUUACUACGAUGCAGAGUCCUGACAUCAGGAAUAUUUGAAACAAAGUUUCAAGUUGACAAAGUGAACUUUCACAUGUUUGAUGUUGGCGGCCAACGUGAUGAACGCAGAAAAUGGAUCCAGUGCUUUAAUGAUGUGACUGCGAUUAUAUUUGUGGUUGCCAGCAGCAGCUAUAAUAUGGUGAUCCGGGAGGACAAUCAGACCAACAGACUCCAGGAAGCACUAAACCUCUUCAAGAGCAUCUGGAACAAUAGGUGGCUACGGACCAUUUCAGUCAUUCUCUUCUUGAAUAAACAAGAUCUACUUGCAGAUAAAGUUUUGGCUGGAAAAUCCAAAAUUGAGGACUACUUUCCAGAUUUUGGUCGUUACACCACCCCAGAUGAUGCAAUUCCAGAAGCCGGGGAGGACCCGAGAGUCACAAGGGCCAAGUAUUUUAUUAGAGAUGAGUUUCUUAGAAUCAGUACAGCAAGCGGGGAUGGGCGGCACUACUGUUACCCUCACUUCACGUGUGCAGUGGAUACAGAAAAUAUUCGAAGGGUUUUUAAUGAUUGUCGGGACAUUAUCCAAAGGAUGCACCUCCGUCAAUACGAACUGUUGUGAUGGAGAUAUUCUAAAGAAAAAAAAUUGUUCCCCUUUUUUUUUUUUUUUCUUUUUUCUGCCCCCAUUUUCCCGUUUUAUUGUUUUUUUGUUUUUUUUGUUUUUUUUCUGAACUCUUAAUUCAAUUAAAGAAAAAAAUGAAACUACAAAGAUCCCCCACAAAGAACCGUAAACACAAAGAGGGUGGGGGAAAAAAAAUCCACCCAUGAAGGGAUGGAUAAACUGUGUGCAAUCUCCCUCUCCAGCUUGCACCUGGUUGUUUUUUUGGUUUUUUUUUUCCUUUUCUUUUUUUUUUCCUGUUGUCGGACGAUUUAUGGAACUGUUAGCUUGCUGCCCCUCAACCCCCUUCCUUCUGACCUGAAACAGCACGGGCCAGCGCCAAAUGUACCCUUGACUUAUGAACUCCCAUCAUUAUCCCUAUCGCCCCCACCACUUUUUAAGAUGCCAAUGUUAAAUGCAGUGCGCGUGGAGGAUUUUGACUUCAUAUAAUGUAUACAUGUGUCUGGAAGAGGUCUGUGCAGUGGGUUGGGGACUAUACUGAUUUUAUUUCCAUCCCUCGAUACAGGCCCGAUUCUGUCCUCUUGACCUUCACCCAUUAUAUCGACUUUAUAUUCCUUCACUGCAUUGCUGAUCGUCGACUGAGAAAGGACACUUGACUCUUGUCUGUAAUAUUGUGUCUUGAUAUUACGGAGCUGGGAGGCUCCCUGUCAUCACUGGGAGGGCAGUGGCAAGAGAUUUUAUGCCUUUAACAAGGGUGCCAUUUUUCUUUCUUUAAUUUUUUUUUUUUUUUUUUUU